GCUGCAACUGCCUGAGCUGAGGAAAAUGAACUCCGAUAACGAACUAUUAGGCUACUUGUACACCCGAUGCAGUAAUUGAAGAGGUUGCAAAUUAAGUCAGCAAAUGUUCAACUAAAAUAAGCAAGUUGAAUAAACGCGUGUUCAACUUGGGAAUUAUUGACCGUUAUUUUUACGCCCAGAGUUCGUCCCGUCUGUUUUGGAGCUGAAGUUGUUGCGCGGGGUAAAUGUAAGAUCCACCUGCAAUCUACAGAGGAGUUUUCCAAAUAAUGUUUGGAUUUCUAUGCUCCAGAAUGUACAGUGGUGUCCUUUCCUGUGAACAAGAAGUUUUGUGAGGAAAAUAAACGUUAUAAUUUUUUUACAUAUAUAUUUAAGCCUUGCGCCACUUCUUACACGGACACUUUAUGAAUUAAUUUCAUAUUAUGACCAAAGAGCAUGAAAAUACAUAUUUUUUAUUAGGGCUCGUGCAACCGCGGGAUCUCACUGACGCAUCAGACAUAAUUGGUCUUUAUACUAUUUUUAAAAAUCAGGCAACGUUUGGAGAGGAUGAGGAGUCGUUGGGUGAAGCAUGAGCUGCCAGGGUAUCGGUCUUAGACGACUGUCUGUGCUGCUCCUAUGGGAGGGGCUCGCUCUGAGCCUGUGCUGCUGCUGGACCGGGACUUGGGUUGUUGCUGCUGCAGCUGGACCCAGUGAUGAUGGUGGUACCGCUGGGCCCAUGGGCUGGUUGCUAUCGGACAAAGGGCCCUUCCACCACUCUUUGGAUUUCACUGAGUCGGUGGAGAGACACCAACAGGGCUACACUACCAGAUACAAGAUGUUCAGGGAGUUCGGCCGAUGGAAAGUCAACAGCCUGGCGGUGGAGAGGCGGGGCGGCAGCGGCCUGGCUCCGCCCCUUGACCCUGACUUCAUGCGCGCAGUCAGGCAGUUGGGGCGGCGGCCCACCCUCCGCAGGAUCACUGAGACCAUUAUCAAGAAGUACGGGACUCACCUCCUGCUGUCCGCCACUCUUGGAGGGGAGGAGUCCUUGACGAUAUUUGUGGAUAAGCGGAAGCUGAGCCGAGGCCCAGAACCAGGGGCUGGAACUGAGGGCAGCAGCCACAACAAUACGGCGGCUGGGGUGGUGACCCUGGAGGCCCUUCACCAGCUGGCUGCCUCCUACUUCACCGACAGGGAGAACACCCUGCGCCGUCUCCACCACCUCCAGAUCGCCUCUACCGCCAUCAGGGUGACUGAAACCAGGACAGGCCCCCUUGGAUGCAGUAACUAUGAUAACCUUGACUCUGUCAGCUCAGUACUGGUCCACAGUCCAGAAAACAAGAUCCAAUUACAAGGACUCCAGGUCAUUCUGCCAGCGUACCUGCGGAGCCGCUUCGUCCAGGCAGCCCUCAGCUACAUCGGCUGCAACUCGGAGGGCCAGUUUGUGUGCAGGGCCAGUGACUGCUGGUGCCAGUGUAGCCCGGACUUCCCACAGUGCAACUGUCCACAGACGGACCUCCAGGCCCUGGAGAACAACCUACUGCGCCUCAGAGAGGCCUGGACACUGGCCAACGAGGAGUUUGAGGAAUCAGAGGAGUUCCAAAGCUUCGUCGGAAGGCUGCCAACCCAGUACGCGAUGAACAAAUCUGUCGUGGAACACUUUUGGAGGACGGAUGGGGGUCUGCUCCAGCGCUACAGGCAGCUGGAGACCAUGAGAGGCCUGCUUCUCGACAAAGCGCGCCACACCGCUAACAAGCUCUUCAGUCUCAUUAAGAGAUGCCGUCAUCAACCCAGAAUUGUGCUGCACAGGGAGAGACCCCUCCGCUACUGGCUGAGCUACAUCCUGUCCCUCCUGUACUGCAGUGAGAACGACCACAUCGGCGUGUACUCUGAGCAGACAAGGAGCUGUUCCUGCCCCUACCACCACUCUUCCUGCCAGGGCCCCGUCCCCUGCUCUGUGGGAGAAGGCCCCCGCUGUGCGUCUUGUUCCCCCGAGAACCGCACCCGCUGCUCCAGCUGCAACCCGGGCUUCUUUCUAGGCCAGGGGCUCUGCCGACCCGCCGUACCUGACCCCACGGAUCCUUACCUGGGUUUGGAGAGCGACCGCGACCUUCAGGACUUGGAGCUGCGCUACCUACUCCAGCGCCGCGACUCGCGCAUUGCCCUGCACGCCAUCUUCAUCAGCAGCGAUGUGCGCCUCAAUGCCUGGUUCGACCCGUCGUGGCGGAAGAGGAUGCUGCUGACGCUGAAGAGCAACCGCUACAAGUCCAACCGCGUGCACAUGCUCCUGGGGGUGUCGCUCCAGGUGUGCCUGACCAAGAACAGCACGCUGGAGCCUGCGCUGUCCGUGUUCGUCAACCCGUUCGGGGGCAGCCACUCGGAGAGCUGGACCAUGCCGAUCGGCCAGCACGGCUACCCCGACUGGAACAGGACCAAGCUGGAUAUCCCUCUGGACUGCUACAACUGGACCUUGACACUGGGAAACCGGUGGAAGAGCUUUUUCGAGACCGUCCAUUUCUACCUGAGGAGCCGCAUUAGGGAUUCGGGGCCAGGCUCGGGGGUUGGGGGACACAGAAACGGUAGUAGAGCGUACUUUGAACCACCAGAGGGCGCCGUGGAACCUGUGGAGGCGUAUUCAUCCCAGAACAUGGGCUACAUGAAGAUCAACAGCAUGCAGCUGUUUGGAUACAGCAUGCACUUUGACCCAGACGCAAUCCAGGACCUAAUCCUGCAGUUGGACUACCCGUACACCCAGGGAUCCCAGGACUCAGCCCUGCUGCAGCUGGUAGAGGUCCGCUACAGGAUCAACCGCCUCUCCCCUCCAGGGGCUCAGCCUAUGGACCUGUUCUCGUGUCUGCUCCGUCAAAGACUGAAACUGUCCAGUUCAGAAGUGACCAGAAUACUGGCUUCUCUACAGGCUUUCAGUGCCAGACAACCAAACUUUGUGGAGUACGAGGCAACCAAGCUAUGUAGUAAAUAAUGGGCAGGUGGGCAGGGCCAAUGUGAUGUUUUUUGUAUUAACCCAAUCAGAUACAAUGUCAGCCCCAUAGCCUAUAUCGGUUUGUGUUGGUGUUUGCCGUUCAUGGCGUUAAUUGUAUAUAAGUGUCAUUAAAUUUGAUGUUUUUAUCAAUACCGGUCAAAAGUUUGGACACACCUACUCAUUCAAGAGUUUUUCUUAAUUUUUUACUAUUUUCUACAUUGUAGAAUAAUACUGAAGACACAAAAACUUUUAAAUAACACAUAUGGAAUCAUGUAGUAAACAAAAAAUUAUUUGCCUUGAUGACAGCUUUGCACACUCUUGGCAUUCUCUCAACCAGCUUCACCUGGAAUGCUUUUCCAACAGUCUUGAAGGAGUUCCCACAUAUACUGAGCACUUGUUGGCAGCUUUUCCUUCACUCUGCGGACCAACUCAUCCCAAACCAUCUCAAUUUGGUUGAGGUCGGGGGAUUGUGGAGGCCAGGUCAUCUGAUGCAGCACUCCAUCACUCUCCUUCUUGGUAAAAAGUCCCUUACACAGCCUGGAGGUGUGUUUUGGGUCAUUGUCCUGUUGAAAAACAAAUGAUAGUCCCACUAAGUCAAACCAGAUGGGAUGGUGUAUUGCAGCAUAAAGACACGGCGGUUGGAACCAAAAAUCUCCAAUUUGGACUGCAGAAAAAAGGGCAAAUUUCCACCGGUCUAAUGUCCAUCGUGUGUCUUGACCCAAGUAUGUCUCUUCUUCUUACUGGUGUCCUUUAGUAGUGGUUUCUUUGCAGCAAUGUGACCAUGAAGGCCUGAUUCACACAGUCUGCUCUGAACAGUUGAUGUUGAGAUGUGUCUGUUACUUAUUUGGAUUUGUUUAACACUUUUUUGGUUACUACAUGAUUCCAUAUGCAUUUUUUCUUAGUGUUGUUGUCUUCACUAUUAUUCUACAAUGUAAAAUAAAGGAAAACCCUUGAAUGAGUAGGUGUUCUAAAACGUUUGACCGGUAGUGUACAUUGGAAAGAUUUGGAAAAAUGUAUCCCUUUUUACAGAAAAUGCUGCAAUUUAUUAUUGGAUAGAGAGGAUUUGAUCUGCUUUAUACAGGUAUCAAAUCAGCAUCUAUUCCAAAUGUAUAUGACCAGUGUGUUAUUACAGUGGAUUAUUGGAUUGAUACUAACACACACCUACUGAAACCUAUGUAAGUCAUUUGCUAAUGGAAGGAGAACGAGGUGCUGCAAAUGUGCUGUGUUAGUACUGCCCAUCUGGAGCUGCAGAACACAGUGUCUCAUAAUGUCACCGUUCUGUAACAGCCUUGGCACAUAUUACCAAGGGUAUAGUGAGGACAGUAGCCUCCGCCCCCUGUCUCUGGCUGCCAUUCACACUCACUGUGAUGGAUGAGAGAGGGAGGUAGAGAGACAUGCACAGCAUCAAACACAGGCUAGGUAUCAAUGGCCUUUAUCAGAGAUAAUUAGCUCACAGAGCAAAUAGGGAGUUGAUUGAAGGCUCAAUGACCAAGGGUGAAAUUAGACCCGAACUCCCAAAAGAACUGUUGUCUCUAGACUACAGUGUCAGCUGUUUGAGUAUGACUUGCAUCUUAGAUAGCACUUGCAGAAGUGGCUUGUCGUCGCUUAAUCUCGAUUCGUAAGACGUUCCCCCCUGGGGUUAAGGAGUGAUGGGUGGUUAUCCAUCCCGUCUCUUCCCUCUGUUGUAACACUAACUUUAAGGGAAAGAGAAAGUGGGUAGAAACAUAAGCAAUUAACUUGAAAACACUACCAAGUGACGCACUCGUUGUUCUCAAAUUCGGUUAUGGGCUAAAUUAUUUUCCUAUUUAUUUAUUAAAUGCAGUCAUUUAGUUUGUAAGUAAAUUGGAUUUCCAAAUUCGAUAGACUGAAUCCUUUUCAGGGAGGUAAGGUUUAGAUUUCAAAUAUUUUAAUUUUUUUAAAGGUCCUAGAAGCAUUUGCAUAUCUAAAUGGAAUGUAAAGUAAUUAAAAUCAUGGCUGAGUAAACAAACAGCGAUGUCACGCAUGUGCGGCAUACAUCAACAUCUGAAGUAAACUCCUCAGUGUGACAAGGCCCAAGUGUGCUCAAACAAACCCUUUAAAAUGUCCUUGAUUGUGGUUGUUGCAAAAGUCCCUGAUUACUAAUCUGUACACGGUUUUGUGUUUCAAUACGUUACUUACCAAGGAUUGUUGACCACUGAGAUGUUUUUGUAAUUGUGGUCUUUAUUGUGUGACUCCAAAACAUGUAGGCCUAUAUCUGCUAAUGUAUAGGUUUUAAACACACACACACACAAUCAAACACACACACACACAUACACUGAGCGAUUAGCUGAGGCUUUGGGCAGGGCAGUGGGCCUCGGAGGAAACAUGAGUAAGACUAAUAAUAUAAUGUGUCUGUUUUACAAGUGGACUGGCGAGGGGAGGGCGGACUGCGGUGAAGGACAAGAGUUUAUGGAGACGAGUCUCUCAGGAGAGGCAUUUAAAAUAAUGGCUGACAAUCCACAGGAAGAACACAAUGAGCUGGCAGUCCAUCAAGACAGUCUAAAGGGAAAUCUGUGAGUGUUUGGUAUUCAUCAUACAGCAGCCGUUCCUCUUUAUGAAACAGCCCUGUUGGUUAAGCCGAGCCAAGCUCUACUGCUGUUGAAGCCGAGCCAAGUUCUAC